GAGGAGCUGGAAAACAUUGACGAUGAGGCGGACGCAUUUGGCAUCGAUUUUGUCAAGAUCAAUGACGCUGAAGCAGCCACAGACUACGGGAUCGUCAAUCUUCCGGCGCUUGUGUAUUUCCGCAAAAAGAUGCCUCUGGUGUAUGAUGGAGACCUCAAGGAUGAGGAACGGGUUUUGGCCUGGCUCACAUCUCAGGAUGUGUUUGAGAUCAAGGAUGAGAUUGAGGAGGUGAAUCGCAAGAUGCUUGAGAAGCUGCUGGACGAAAACGACUUCGUGGCCGUAUUUUUCUACGAAGGGGACUGUCGGAAAUGCGACGAAGCACUGGAAGAGCUGGAGCGCAUCGACGACGAGACGGACAACCUGGACAUCACAUUUGUCAAGAUCAAAGACGCGAGAUAUGCUCGCAAAUACGGCAUCAACAAAUUGCCAGCACUCGUCUAUUUCCGCAAACGCUUUCCGUCCAUCUACAGAGGCAAGAUAACUUUCAUGUUCGCUCGCUUGAAGUUACAGUUCUCGAAGGGGUAG